AUGGCAUGGAACAAAACACCUUCAGACACGUCUGAUCAUACAUCCUUGCCAGUUUCACUCAGGAUGUUAAUGGCUAUAGCAAUGUUCCUCAUGAUUGCCAUUGGAUUCUUAGGCAACACCAUUGUCUGCUUGAUUGCUUACCAGAAGCCAGCCAUGUGUUCAGCCAUAACUCUACUUUUAGCUACACUGGCUUUCUCUGACAUUAUGCUGUCUUUAGUCUGCAUGCCAUUUACUGCUGUCAACAUUAUUACAGUAAACUGGAAUUUUGGAGCUCAUUUCUGUUGCAUAUCUGCCAUGCUUUACUGGUUUUUUUUUUAAUCUUGGAAAGGCUCUCAAUACUCUUAAAUCAUUAGUGUGGAUCGAUUCCUCAUCCUUGUCCAGCACCAAGACAAGCUGAAUCCCCAUCGUGCCAAAGUUGUGAUAGCUGUUUCGUGGCUCUUGUCAUUCUGUAUCUCCUUCCCUUCCGUUGUUGGGUGGACAUUUGUGGAAGUGCCAAGCAGGGCUCCACAAUGUGUCCUUGGAUACACGGAGUUCCCUUCAGACCGAGCUUAUGCAGUGAUGCUGCUUAUGGCCACUUUCUUUGUCCCUUUUGGCAGGGGUUGGGGGCCACUGCCUUUUGGCAUUAUGUUGUAUUCUUACUUUUGCAUCCUGAACAGUGCCCGUCAGAACACAGUCCGGAUCCACAACCACACUGAGAACAUCUGCCUCAGCCAGGUGAGCAGGCUAAGUCUAGUAGGACUGCAAAAGCCUCACCACAUUGAUGUAGACAUGAGCUUCAAAACUAGGGCAUUCACUACCAUCUUUAUUCUGUUUGUUGGCUUUUCCCUAUGCUGGCUUCCGUACGCAGUCUUUAGCCUGCUUUCUGUCUUCAUCCGACUGUUUUAUUACAGCCCCUCUUUCUAUGUCAUUAGCACUUACAUACUGUGGCUGAGUUAUCUCAAGUCCGUUUUCAACCCCAUCAUCUACUGCUGGAGGAUCAAGAAAUUCCGUGAGGCUUGUCUGGAGUUCAUGCCAAAAACAUUUAAAAUCUUUCCCCAAGUGCCUGGACGGACAAAACGGAAAAUAAGGCCAAGCACAAUAUAUAUUUGCAGUAAUUCCCCAUCUGGAGUUUAG